AUGCUUUACACAUCUAUCAUCGUUGCUCUUGUUCCUUUCGCAGUGGCUGGUCCCAUUGCUCCCCGAACCGGCCUUGGCAGCGGACUUCCUGGCCUCGGAGGUGGUUCUGGCUCUGGUCUCCCCAGUCUCCCCAGUCUUGGAGGUGGCUCUGGCUCCGGUCUGCCCAAGCUUCCCGGCCUAGGAGGUGACUCUGAUUCUGAUUCUGGUUCGGGUCUUCCUAGUCUCCCCGGCCUUGGAGGUGGUUCCGGUUCUGGUGGUCUUCCUAGCCUUCCCAGUCUUGGUGGCGGUUCUGGAUCUGGUGGUUUGCCUAGCCUCCCAGGCCUUGGAGGCGACUCUGGCUCUGGCUCCGGCCUUCCCAGUCUCCCUGGACUUGGAGGUGGCUCCGACUCCGGCUCCGGCCUACCUAGUCUUCCUGGACUUGGAGGUGGCUCUGGCGGUCUCCCCAGCAUCCCCGGACUUGGAGGAGAUGACUCCUCAGAUGAGUCUCCCAGCGCUACUGCUCCCAGCGUUGUGGCUCCUACUGCUUCUCCUCAGACCUCCCCUACUCCUCUCACUGGCUCUACCGGAGGAUCUGCUGGUACGGGUGGCACUGCCUCUCGCCGCGGCUUCUUUGAUGGAGGUUCAUCCGGAGGUGCAUCUGGCUCUCCCCUCUCUGGCUUCCUGGGAUCCGGCGGCUCUUCUUCUGGCGGUUCUUCUGGCGGUUCUUCUGGCGGUUCUUCUGGUGGCUCUUCCGGUGGCUCUUCCGGUGGCUCUUCCGGAGACUCUUCUUCCGGAGGUGCGUCUAGCUCUCCCUUUGGCAGUUUCCUAGGAUCCGGUGCCGGCGGACUUGGUGGUUCUACUAAGAACGACCUCAGCGGCGAGUGCAAGGACGUCACUGUCAUCUUUGCCCGUGGUACCACCGAGGCCGGCAACGUCGGUACGGCUGCCGGACCUCCCUUCUUCAAGGCCCUUGGUGAGAAGAUUGGCCAGGACAAGCUCGCCGUUCAGGGUGUAGACUACAGCGCCAGCGUUGCUGGUAUCAUGCAGAUGGGCGAUAAGGCCGGCUCUGAAAAGAUGGCGAGCCUUGUCACGGAGGCUGCUAAGAAGUGCCCCAAGACCAAGAUUGUCAUGUCUGGAUACUCCCAGGGAGCUAUGCUUGUGCACAACGCGGCCAGGGCUCUUCCUGCUGAGACCACUGCCAAGGUUGCUGCCGUUCUCAACUUCGGCGACCCUUUCCAGAAGCAGGCCAUCCAGGGCGUCUCGGCUGACAAGGUCAAGAUCAUCUGCCACGCUGGCGAUGGCGUCUGCGCCGGUACUGCUGCCAUCACUCCCGAUCACCUCACCUACAGCAAGGAUGCUGCUGCUGCUGCUGAGUUUGUUGCCAGCAAGGUGCAAUAA